UAAUGAAAAACUCAACUAAGAAAUUGAGUUUGUACUUUAAUAAACUGUAAAAAAAUAAUUUAAUCAAAAGGUCGUAUCAACUAAUAAGAAGAGAAAUUGAAAGGAAUAUUCAGAGAUCUACUAUCAGUAUAUAAUAGAAUCAAUAUAUAAAUAUUGAAUAAGUACUAAUUAAUAUAAUAAGAGGGGGGAUAUAAGUAUAAAUUCUCAUGAUUGAACACAAACUCAUCUAUUAAGGACUAAAUUUUUAAAUGUGGAAUUCAAAUGAAAUGUGAAA